AUGAAAUCUCGACGCGUUCCCAAACCUCUUCCCCUGACUGCGUAUUGCCUUACAAAGGAAAGCAACUAUAUGGCUCUCUUGUAUCCCCCUCCAUCCCAGCCCAUGACGCCGCACAGCUUGACGGACAAGCAGCGCCAGCGCCUUGAAGCCCUGCAACUUUACAUGAACAAGCCUGAACCGGUUCUCAUCUGCCGGCCUUGCGGUUACGCAUUGAAGUCGUUUGGGGAGCGCGUAAGCCGCCACCUGGCUGAGAAACACGACGUGCCAAAGACGCAACGCCGUGGGCUGAGCGCGCUGGUGAAGUCCCUGCAGCUUGGGGACCCGAACGACGUCGCUCCCCGUCCUGACGGCCUCCCGCCGCACGAAGCACUAACGGCCACCCGCGGCCAUGCCUGCCGUCACUGCAGCUAUCGGACGGCAAGCGAUGAUCUGGUCUGCCGCCACCUCUCUAAGGCACACGGCAUCAAGGACUGGCGGAAGGCGGACGGCUGGCAACGGGACCAGAUCCACAGCGGUGUCCUACUCCAGAGCUGGUCAUCUGCGCUGUUUGCCUUGAUCCACCUCACCAGCGGACAAGCUGCACGUGGAUCCGAGCUGGCAAGCAUCGAACACCGAAACGGGACCUCCACGCCGCGCGGCGUCUACGUUUACUCCGGAGCACUAGCUCGUCCUUAUCACAAGGCAUCAUAA